AUGUCCACCCCAGUCGCCUCCACCAUCGGGGCAGAAAUGUUUCAACAAAGCGACAAUGUUGACAUCAACAAAGUUCAGGAUGCAAACAAGACUCGACAUGCGACAAGUGAUCUUUUAGCGCGCCAGAACGCAGCGAUCCAGCCAUUGUAUUUGUCCUGGCCAUUCAACCGACUGGACGAUCAAUCGGGCGAAGUGGACGAGGAUACACCAGCUCUUUCACAUUCAGAGGACAGAAAUAUUGUCAAAACUUUAAUCUUCGCUUUAGAUGCCAAUGUCAUAUCACCUGCUUCUCCUGAUAAACUAAAUUUACCAACUACCACAUUAGCCACACCCGCCCCUUCUUUAUGUCCCAUCAGCCUACCACCAGGACCGACAUCUGAACUCUUCUGA